AUGCGAGGCUGCCUCUGCGGGCGCCCGGGCCCAGACCGCGCCGAGCGCCCAGCGCGCACGGAUGCCGCCCGGGCCCGCACGGCGACGGAGGAGGCGGCCGCCGAGGAGGAGGCGGCAUGCCAGGUGCUGCGGGCCGAGCUGCGGGCGGCCCACGACGAGGCAGCCGAGCUCCGCAGCAGCCUGGGCCCCUGCGAGGAGCGCGCCUGCCGGCUCCGCCAGGAGGCCCGGGCGGAGGCCGGCGAGGCCGAGAAGCUGCGGCGGGCCCGCGCGCACGAGCAGGGACACCCAUGCCGCCACUGCCGGAGCGCCGAGGCCGCGAAGAGUAUGGCACAGUUCGGCCAGCCGUACGGGCAGUAUGGCGCAAUGGAGGCCGAGCGAGGGCCGCUCGGGUACAGCCCGCCCAGCAUGCGGGACGCGAUGUCAGGCGAGGGGAGAGAAGUCCUGCUACCACCCUUCGCAAGUGGUAAACGCAGGUCGAUCAACAUCACUGCAAUCUGGACCGCGAUCUUCGGACCAUGGCUUUUAUUUGUGGCCGUGUUCUUCGUCCUGUCAAUGCCCUUGCACUUCGAUUGGCCAGCUUUAGCGUACUUUGUGGUAGUACUGUGUUUGGUGGUCGUCAUCAUUACUGGAGGUUUCGCUCGCUAUCACCAGGUCCAGAGAGCCAGCGGGUACGGCGGAGAGCCGAACUGGUUCGGGUUCCUCUUCGUGAGCCUUCUGAUCGCGUGGCUGUGUGGCCUGGCGCUCGGGUUCAUCAACUACAUGGCGAACAUGCUCCCGUAUCAGCAGAUGGCCCACCUGAACACGUAUACCGAUGUACAUCCUGCUUCGGCCACUGGCCAGUCCGUCAUGGACGCGGCUAUCAUCAAGUUCGACGACGCUUCCAGGCUCGACAUGACGAAGAUCAUGAGCUUCAAGAACGAGGAUACAUAUUGCGUGGCGCCCGUUAUGGCUGGGGAUCUCAAGCCCGGUGCGGAGCAGGCGGUCUACGACUUCUGGGCCGUCGGGACGAAUUGCUGUUCCGGGAAGCCCAACGAUUGGCGCUGCGACAACGGGCGGAACCCAAGGACACAUUCCGCGAUGCGGUUGAUGCCGUCCAGCGAGCGCCCGUAUUACCGCCUGGCGGUGCAGCAGGCGGAGGCGACGUUCAAGAUUAGGUCAAGCCACCCGUUGUUCUUCCAUUGGGUGGAGGACCCGGCCGCCGAGAUGGAGGCCGAGCAGGCCGAGCACGCCAAGGCGGGCGGGGCAGCGAAAGAGUUCCCGCGGCCCCGAGAAUGCGGCGCGGGGCCUCCAGGGAUCGAGGCCCAGGCCGAUGCGGAGCAGAAUGAGCUCACUAGCGACCGCCAGAACGCGGAUCCGUUUGGGAGCCACGACGACGACGACGCGGACGCCCCGGCCACGGCCAGGGAUGCACUGCUCACCAGCGAUGUGCUCCGCCGCCAGGCACAGGCCGAGGAGUCCGAGCUCGCGGCCGCGCGGGCGGAGGAGAGAUUGGCGCGCGAGGUGCGGGACGAAGCGGCUGUGGCGCAGCAGGCCGCUCAGCUCGAGGAGGAGCGCUCCCAGUUGAUGUGCGAGGUGAAAAAACAGGAGGUCGCGCAGCUGAGAGAGUUGCUGGGCAGCGCGCGAGCGGAGGCCGACCAGCGGCUGGCCGCCUACUGGGAGGAGGCGCCUUUCCUGCGACUCGACGCGGAGGAUCUGGCGGGCCUGCGCGCGUCGCUGGACGCGCAGCUCGCGCUCGCCGACGCGCUGGAGGCGGCGCUCCCCGCCGUGGGCGGCGCGCACCUCGCGGCCAUCGCGGACGUCACAAUCACGGGUCGUCUCCGCGCCGACGAGCACAACCUCGUCCGCAUCCUUAUAGGCCACCUGGUCUCCCAGACAGGCCUCCAGCUGACCGAGCAGUCCGACGCACAGGGCAGCAAGAUUGGCACUUGGAAGUGGCUUUCGGCCACAGACCCGUCGGCGCCGCCUGGCCGCUCUCGUCUGUUCUUGAAGGACCUAUCGGAGGUGUCCCGGGUCAAGGCGGCUCUCCACGACAAGACCAUCAAGAUCGGGAUGGACACGUUCCGCCUCCAGGUUCACAACGACCUGCAGGAUCGGCUUCAGGGCGGAUGCAUGCUCCUCAUGCUGGACGUCGCGCUGUACCUCCUGGACUCCCCGCAGCCCACGAGCCACAGAGUCCGUGACAUGACUUCCGCUGCUCGCUUCUGUCCCGGCCGCGCGGCCGAUAGGACCUCGGGCCGCUUCCCACGCGCGCGGCCUAGCCUCGCCCGCGGCACGGGCGAGAUUUUCCGAGGCGAGCAGAGCUGCUCCGAGGUCGGCCCUGGCUCGUACAACCUGCCCUCCACCCUCGACAAGAAGGCGCCCGUGCUGGACAGCCAGGAGCGCUUCUCCGAGACGUCGGUCUCGGUCGGGGGCGACCUCGCGGGGCCCAGCAGCCCCGUGCCCAGCCUCAACCUCAAGGGCAGCUUGGAGAAGGAGAACCAGGCCCCGCUGCGACAGUCCCAGAAGACCAGCGCGGGCAGCCUGAGCGCGCGGGCCAUCGGCACGACGUCCACGGCAGAGUCGAAGCAGCAUAGACAGGACUUAAAGCUGCAGUCACAGAUCGAGAACACGCGAGAGCAGCUGAAGACCAUGAGCCGGGAGACGAAGGAGUUGCGCAUACAGCUGGCGGCCAAGGACCGCAAGGUGGACGAGCUCCAGAAGAAGGUGGAAGAGCUGGCGUCGCAGCGACGCGAGGCCCACCGCCACACCCUCGACGUCGAGGGCGAGCGGGACCUGAAGCGCCGGCAGCUGCACGAGAAGGACCAGGAGGCCCAGGCCCUGCAGCGGAAGGUGGAGCACCUCCGCGCCGCCGGCGAGGAGCGCGGCCGCCGCGCCGAGCGGGCGGAGGAGGCCAUGCAGGCUGCGACGGCAGAGGCGGUGCGCUUCCGCGACAUGGCGGAGGCCCUGCAGGACAAGCUGUCAACGGUCGAGCGCGACCGCCGGUCCAUGGACACCACCCUGCGCCAGCAGCAGCGCCAGUCCCAGGAGUACGCGCAGGGCAUGAAGCCGAAGCGGCCAACGGAGGUGGUCGAGUGGUCGGUCGAGAGGCCACACGAGGCGAGCGAGGUCGACGCAGUGAGGGAGUUGGAGCUGGGCGAAGAGGGUAGGCGAGAUGAGGGCGACCUCGCGAUGUUCAUGACCGAGGUGGAGGUGUUCACGACAAAGAGGUGGCUGUGGUCCGCGGCCUCCGCAGACACCCCGAAGAUCUUCGCGAACUCUGGCGCGCUAAAGAUCCCCUCGGGCACCGGCCUCUCGCCGACUUCAGGCAGCGAGGGGAAAGCCCUGUCAAUGAACGACAGGCUACUAGACCCUGCAUUGAAGUGA